AUGGUUUGGGUGCCGGGGCUGCUGAAGAGGAGACUCUGUCGGUACGGGAAUGGCGCCCGCAUCUUCGACGAGAGCGCCUUCGCGGGGCAGAAUAACGAAGUGCCGGCCACCCCAAGCGACCGAGCCCACGGCGGCGCUUCGGCGCUCCUCGCGGUCGUCUUGGCACCGCUCUCGCUGCUCGCUUGCUUCUCUCGGCACCCCGUCGACGGCACCAUGGAGCGGGGCGAGUUCUCGAGGGUCGAGAUUGAUCAUCUCAGGGUGAAUGACGGCAUGCGGUACGCAAUUUACGUGUAG